AUGGCUGAGAAUGUACCGCCAACUGGCACGGCAGCGAAGCCUGCAGCCAGUGGCGACAGACCUGGCCUCCCGUAUUACGAGAAGUUGAGACGUGAUUUACGCGACACCUUGCAGAAGAAACGCCUUCUAGAUCGCAACAUGGCUGCUGUGGAAGACCAGAUCUACCGUCAAGAGACCGCCUAUCUCGAAGAGACUUCGAUCGCAGGCAACAUUGUCAAGGGAUUUGACAACUACAUCAAAGCGUCUGCUGUAGCGGGGGCAGCGACAUCUGCAGGAGGCACAAUAUCCGGGAGCGCGGCUGGAGGCGGGUUAGGGGCUGGUCGAAGAAAGGCCGUGGUGAUUGACUCAGAUCGGGUCUUCUCUCGCAGUUCAGUAUCCUACAUGCGCGAUUCAGACUCUCACAGUAGCUCUACAAGCACACCGAACCACGCAGGUACUCCGACGGGGAGUUUUACGAAUGAGAAAGGCGGCGACAAAAAGAAGAAAAAGAGUACUGCCACAAACGAUGAUGAUACCGAUGGUCGGGCAACCAAGCGACAGAAGAUUGGAUUUGGAGGCUCGAGGAAGGCUCAGGACGACUGA